AAGCAGCGGGAUUGAUGUAUCUCUUGAAGCGAUUGAAUCGGAAGAGAGAUCGGAAUGAGUCAAAACCCGUCUCUGAUCCAUCUACCAAGGAUUUUGAUCCUCGCGAAUCCAUCGAUUUCGGUAUCAACAAACAGGGAGUGGUAUGGAUUUUGGAGUUGGAUGAAGGUCUAAAGAACUGGAUGAAGGAAAAGUUACCUAAAGAGCAGAAGAGGAAGAGAGACUUGUUGGAGAUUCAUCCACUUCGAAAGUUCGCUCGAAUCAAAGAUCACAAGCUCAUCUUGUCAGAUGCUGAUGGCAUUCAGGGUCAGACUACAGUUUCUUUAAAAGGUUGCAGUAUUGAGGCUGUUUCGGGGUCUGAUCUCCCUACAAGAAAAUGGGCCAAAAGGUUUCCAAUAAAAGUUGAAAGCAAGAUUUCUCCAGCCUUAUACAAGGGAAACCAAGUGUUUUACAUCUAUCUCGAGACUUCUUGGGAAAAGGAAUCAUGGUGUAAAGCACUUCGUCUUGCUGCUUGCGAAAAUCAGGAAAGGUUUAUUUGGUACUCCACCAAAUUGAAAGAAGAUUUCCGUAAUUAUGUGACUUCUCUUAAUGUUGCAUAUCCUUCAUUUAUGAAACCAUCUCUUGGGUUUAGUUUUGAGACACUUGACAGAGGUAACAGAACGGAUGGUUCAUCCUCAAAGGUUCGCUUGUUCUUGAAGAAAUUUUCUAGAAAGCGAUCAAAUCGUGAAGACAGGAAAACCUAUUCACAACAUGGAAGUAGUUCAGGGAAGUGCUUUCCAGGAAAGAAGAUGGGAGAUCAUAUCAUAGAUGAAACUGAUGUGCCUAUUUUGUCACGUUCUGUGAGCCAUAGCAGUCAUAUUUCUGGGGUCAGUCAUGUUUCUGGGGUUUCAGAUGGAGAUUCUGAAGACAAGGUUGACAUGGAUGAAGGAACAUUAGCGUUGAACUUGCUCAUUUCUAGGCUAUUUUUCGAUCUCAAACGGAAGACAGGAGUGAAGAAUUCAGUGCAAGCACGAAUCCAGCGGUUGUUAUCUAACAUGAGGACUCCGAGCUACAUAGGCGAACUAAUCUGCUCCGAUGUUGACACUGGGAAUCUCCCACCUCAUAUACAUGCUACACGGGUUCUUCCAAUGGAGAUGAGUGGUGUGUGGGCAUUUGAACUAGAUAUUGAAUACUCUGGUGACAUGGUAAUUGAUGUUGAAACACGGGUUGACAUCCGUGAGGUGGAUCUGCAAAAAGGCAUAACCGAUACAAGGUUGCAGUCAAGUUCGUCAGGGGAAAUGCCAUCAAAUUUCGCUGAAGGUGUUGAAGAUUUUGAAAAGCAAUUAGUCAUUCCUGUGGAAACUGUUGAUGCAGGAGAAGUGAAAAAUGAUGAAUCCAAGAGCUCGAAAGGUACGAAGGCAGCUCCAAAUGGUGUAUCCAGGUGGAAGUCUAUUCUUAAAACAAUUGCAGAACAAGUUUCCCAGGUGCCUAUCUCUUUGUCAAUACGGGUGUCUUCUCUUCGAGGGACACUGCGGGUACACAUGAAGCCGCCUCCUUCUGAUCAAUUAUGGUUUGGAUUCACGAGCAUGCCAGAUAUCGAAUUCGAUCUCGCAUCUUCUGUUGGGGAACACAAAAUCACCAACAGCCAUGUUGCAAUGUUCUUGAUCAACCGGUUUAAGACAGCAAUACGAGAAGCGGUGGUUCUUCCCAACUGUGAAAGCCUAACGAUUCCUUGGAUGAUUGCUGAAAAAGAUGAUUGGGUUCAACGCAAAGCCGCUCCAUUCAUGUGGCUCAAUCAAGAAAACGAUCACAAUAGCUCCCAUGCAACAGAAGCGAGAUCUAAAUCUGACAAGCCACCUACUUCGUCCUCAUGUGUUCAGGCUGAGCAAAUGCAGAGAACUGCAAACGCCACCCAGAAGAUUAUUUCUGAAAUAGGGACACUGGCUUCUUCCUCCUGUGCUCAGUCUGAGCAAGUGCAGAAAGCGGCCACUGCUUUCCAGAAACCGAAUACUGAAGCAGAGGCUAUUAUGUCUACGCCAUUGUCAAAUUCCACAACUGUAACAAUAGAGAAUGAUAAAUCCUUGGAAGAACUGAAAACUCCACUACUGCUACCCAGCAGCAGUGAAAAGCAGGAGACGAACUCAAGAGGGAGUAGCAGAGAGGUUUCUGCUGUACAAUCACCAUCUAGGUCUGUAUUUUCAAGCGAAGAAGAUGAUUCAAGGGGAAAGAAACAGGGAAGACGAGCAAGGAUGUUAGAUCUUGGGAAGAAAAUGGGGGAGAAGCUGGAGGAGAAGAGGCGUCACAUGGAGGAGAAGAGUAGACAGAUUGUUGAAAAGAUGAGAGGACCUUCUUGAAAUGAGAAGGAAGAAGCUUUUGCAGGUAUCAGAUACAAAAACUGAUUUAUAGAAACAGGGGAAGUUAGGCAUUGUCACAUACAUGUACAGCGCUUUGAGAGAAAGCCAU